AUGGUGAAGCUGCUGCCCGCCCAGGAGGCGGCCAAGAUCUACCACACCAACUACGUGCGCAACGCCAGGGCGAUCGGCGUGAUGUGGGGCACGCUGACCAUCUGCUUCUCCGUGCUGGUCAUGGCCCUCUUCAUCCAGCCCUACUGGAUCGGGGACAGCGUCAACACCCCGCAGGCCGGCUACUUCGGCCUUUUCUCCUACUGCGUGGGCAACGUGCUGUCCUCCGAGCUCAUCUGCAAGGGCGGCCCCCUGGACUUCUCCUCCAUCCCCUCCAGGGCCUUCAAGACUGCCAUGUUCUUUGUGGCCUUGGCCAUGUUCCUCAUCAUUGGCUCCAUCAUCUGCUUCAGCCUGUUCUUCGUCUGCAACACGGCCACAGUCUACAAGAUCUGCGCGUGGAUGCAGCUGGCUGCUGCCACAGGCCUGAUGAUUGGCUGCCUGGUCUACCCAGACGGCUGGGACUCCAGUGAGGUGCGGCGCAUGUGCGGGGAGCAGACGGGCAAGUACACGCUGGGCCACUGCACCAUCCGCUGGGCCUUCAUGCUGGCCAUCCUCAGCAUCGGAGAUGCCCUCAUCCUGUCCUUCCUGGCCUUCGUGCUGGGCUACCGGCAGGACAAGCUGCUCCCUGACGACUACAAGGCCGAUGGACAAGAGGAAGUCUGAAGCAGCUGAAGGCGAUCACAGGUCAUCUAUUUCCAUGACACUGGAAACGUAGGGAAUAGAAUUCUUCAGAGAUGAACUUGUUCCUGCCCGCAUUCUGUCCGAGGCCCUUUGCUGCAGGAUUAGAACCUGGCGGGCUCCUGAGAAAGCCACCCACUCUCUACAGAACUUUCCAGAGAAGCAGAACUGCAGUGACCACACCAACGAUAUUCAGACUCAGUCCCUCUCUCCUGAUGGGGGCCCCAAGUUCUCUUCCGAUCCCUUCAGACCUGCAAAUUAUUUUCCCUCUUGAGACCUCUCUGUGAAAGGUUUGAGUCUCCCACAGCCAGUUACCUGAAGGCCUCCAGCGAAGGCACAUGGGACACUGCCCCUGGCUCUCAAGGGCAUCUGAAUAGGUGGUGGCUAAGUGAGCUGGAUCACUUCAGGUUGAAGUUCUGAGGGGCCUUUGUGUCUUCUCACAUUUUGCUCCUUAUUGAUGCUCAGGGGUGGUGAGGAAAA